AUGCUAUGGAGAUGCAAUUGGGUAAAGCAGAGAAGGAAAAUCCUUAACGCACUCAGUUUCUCUUCGAUUCACGGUCACUCUGAAAACACCUCUGGCUCUCGUGGAUUUGCUCCGAAGCCGCUCACGCACGAUACAGUCUACUCUCGUUUACUUAAAUCCCCUCCCGAUCUAAAAACCUUGAAUUUCUUCUUCUGGUGCGCGAAGCAGAACAAUUACUUCCACGAUGCUCGUGCAUUCGAUCAUAUGGUUGCCGUUGUAGAGAAACUAACUCGCCAAUACAUAACCAUCGAUCGAAUCAUAGACGGAUUGAGACUCUCCGGUUGCGCAAUCAAGCCUCGAGUUUUACUGCUACUACUGGAAAUCUUCUGGCGUGGUCAUUUAUACGCAAAGGCUAUCGAGGUUUACAAUGGCAUGAACCGAUUUGGGUAUGUGCCCAACACUCGUGCCAUGAAUAUGAUGAUGGAUGUUCUAUUCAAAGGACAUCUCGUUCAUCGAGCUAUGGAAGUCUUUGAAGGAAUCCGUGUUCGGAAUUUCUUCACUUUUGACAUUGCGUUGAGUCAUUUGUGCAGUAUAGAAGAUUUGGUUAAGGUUAAGAUAGUUUUGAAGAUGAUGAUUAGAGAAGGCUUUUAUCCCAACAGUGAGAGAUUUGGGCAGAUUCUUGGAGCGUUCUGUAGAAAAGGGUUUGUCACUGAAGGGUUUCAAGUUGUUGGAUUGAUGAUUUGUAGUGGAGUCUCUGUAUCUGUUAACGUCUGGAGCAUGUUGGUUAAUGGGUUUUUUAAAUCAGGAGAGCCACAAAAGGCGGUUGAUUUGUUUAACAAGAUGGUUCAGAUUGGUGGUGGCUCCUCGCCGAAUCUUGUCACGUAUACUAGUUUGAUCAAAGGGUUUAUGGAUUUUGGAAUGGUUGAUGAAGCGUUUAGUGUGUUGACCACAGUGCAAGCGAAAGGCUUAGCUCCAGAUAUUGUUCUUUGCAAUGUGAUGAUACACACAUUCACAAAGCUAGGGAGAUUUGAAGACGCUCGUAACGUUUUCAUCAGUUUGAAGAAGAGGAAGCUUGUUGCGGAUAAGUAUACUUUUGCUACGAUACUGUCUAGUCUGUGUUUGUCUAGAGAUUUCGAUCUCCUUACUGGGAUCACAGAUGGUGUAGAGAUAGAGUUAGAUCUGGUGACUGGAAACUCGCUGAUAAACUGUUUGUGCAAGAUCGGUAACGCAUCUCACGCGUUGAGGUUGUUUUGCUACAUGUGUAACAACGAUUUAGCUGUGAAUUGUUACACGCGUACAGGAUAUCUUACUGCGCUUUGCCGUGGAGGGGGGCCUGAAGUUGCGGUUAACAUGUAUGAAGGAAUGAUCAGGGACAAGAUAUGUCUCGAUGCUCAUGUUCAUACUGCGAUGAUCGACGGUCUUGUAGAGGUCGGUAGGUACAAUACAGCGAUUCGUUUGUUUAAUCGAUGCGUUAGGGAGAAGUAUCCGUUAGAUGUUGUGUCGUAUACGGUGGCGAUUAAGGGGCUUGUGCGUGGUAAGAGGAUGGAUGAGGCUUGUUGUUUGUUGUCGAAAAUGAGAGAAGAUGGGGUUAUGCCUAAUGGGAGGACGUAUAGGACUGUUAUCUCUGGUUUGUGCAAGGAGAGAGAGAAGGAGAAAGUGAAGAAGGUUUUGUGGGAAUGCGUUGAUGAGGGAGUUGAGUUGGAUCCUGAUACUAAGUUUAAAGUGUAUAGUCUCUUGUAUCCGUAUCGGAGAGAUUUUUCUGAGUUUAGAUCGGUUUUUGAGAAAUGGAGGGAGAGUGUUGAUGAUUCUGAUUCUUGCGAUGAAUUAUCUGUUUCUGCUGGUUAG